ACUAUUUCUAAUAAUAUGAUCAAAAUAUUAUCCUUUAUUAAAACAAGUGGUCAGUGGCUCUUAAAAAAGAUUCAUGAACUGAACUGAGUGUGUCAGACUCCAGACGUUCAGACAUUCAGAGGCUCUCCAGGAACAACAUCACAUCAAAUUUAGAGACAUUUUUGCCCCAAACCUCUAUUUAUUUCAGAUGCUGGGUUGUGUCCGUCAAGAUCCAAAAGAAAUGAAAUGAAAGACUAAUUCUGUUUUGAGAAAGAAAAAGUUCUGAAACUUAAAAGAAUUACUGUCUGUGUGGGAGGAGCUACUGGACGAGUUUAACUGCUGGAUUUCUCUAAAAAUCUUCAUUACACACUGGCAGAACAAUCGACAUUUUCAAGAGUGCAGGACUUGAUUAUUGUAACAUUUCUAAAACUGUUAAAAAAUGUUUGAUACAUUCAUUUUCUUCUGGUUGUUCUCCUGGAGUCUGACUGGUGUGUUUGUUGCUGAUGCAGUGAAGUCAGAGUCAGUGACUGAGGGAGAAUCAGUCUCUCUGAACUCUAGUCUCACUCAAAUACAGACACAUGAAGAGAUCGAGUGGAAGUUUGGUGACAUUCUCAUAGCUAAAGUGAAGAACAACAAGAGCGUGUUUUAUGAUAUUGAUGAUGAGAGAUUCAGAGACAGACUGAAACUGGAUCAGACUGGAUCUCUGACCAUCAUCAACAGCAGAACCACAGACUCUGGACUUUAUACAGUCUCCAGCAGCAGCAGAGACACGAUCAACACGAUCAAUCUCACUGUCUAUGCUCGUCUGCCUGUUCCUGACAUCAGCAGAGACUCUUCACAAUGUUCUUCAUCAUCAUCAUCAUCAUCAUCAUCAUGUUCAUUGGUGUGUUCAGCUGUGAAUGUGAGUCAUGUGACUCUCUCCUGGUUCAAAGGAAACAGUUCAUUGUCCAGCAUCAGUGUGUCUGAUCUCAGCAUCAGUCUCUCUCUACCUCUGGAGGUGGAAUAUGAGGAUCAAAACACCUACAGCUGUGUGCUGAACAAUCCCAUCAGAAACCAGACUCAACACCUCAACAACACUCAACUCUGUCACACAUGUGCAGAGAGUAUCCACUGUUGUGGCUUUACUGAAGCUGUGAUCCGAUUGGCUCUCUCUGCUGUGGUGGGUGUGGCUACUGUGGUUGUUCUGGUUUAUGACAUCAGAUCCAGAAGUCUUCAACAGAAGAAGAGCGUCCAGAAAUAACCAUCAAACUCUGAUUAAUCUCUCAGGAAGAUGGAGAUGAUCCAGAAUGACUGGAGAGAUUAAAGUAUAUUACAAGAAACCUUUUGAGUAAAUAGCAUUCAUGAACAGACAGAUAGAUAGAUAGAUAGAUAGAUAGAUAUCACACCUGAUUUAACUCAUUGGCUCAUUAGUAGAGACUGCAAGACCUGAAGUGUCAAAUUAGGGAGACAUACACAAUGUGCAGGGCUGGUGCUAGCUACUCCAGGACAACCACUGAUUUAAGUCAAAUGUUAAUUCAUUUUAUAAAAUCUUAACGGUCCUUUAAAAAAAUUAAAAUACACUAUACAUUUUAGAACAGGAUAACGUACAACAUCAUCCUGAAAACAUCCAAAGAAGUAUCAGUCACUGGUAAUACAUGUAACAUAGAUUAAAAAAUUUCAUCUGAAUACACAAUUAUGUUUAAAUGAUCUUAAGAAAAGGAGGAUGUCUUGUGUUUCCAGACCUGUAGUUACAACAUCUACCAGCAAUAGGAUUUACUGAAAAUACAUAGAGGCCUACUGUGAAAAUCCUCAAAAUUUUAAAAGUUCAGUCACUAGUAGGCGCUACAUCAGGGUCUGUAUGAGAGACUCACUGUCUGAGAGAGUCAUUGUUUCAUCAGAAUUCAAUCGUCUCCUCAGUUCCAAAUUUUUGGCAAAACAACACAAGCACAGAUGAUGGUUUAGACCCUGUAGCACUCAUUAUAUUUCAUAGUUCUAUAAUCUUCAAAAAUGUUUAAAAGAAGCAAAUUUAAAUGUAUUUGUUCAGUAUUAAAAACAAAAUUUCCCAUGCA